UACCCACAAAAAAAUAAAUUAAUAAUUAAGAAUCCAAUGUGAAGGAUUUUGAUUGCUUCUUACAUGGCCAGAGAUAAACCGUUAUUGGUCCUCAACUUUUUACAGAAACCCAAAUACAAAAAGAGACGGAGAAUGGGCGAGAAGGAAGGGGAAGACGAGAGGAGGGAAAAAGCUAUAGCAUCAGCCCCAUCUUUGCAGCAUACUUUCAAGCCCAGAGGCGUCUCCCAAAACCAACUCUCCAAAUUCCAGGAGCUGCACAAAAGGCGUUUGCAAAUAAAGUCGAAGUCGAAGAUUAAAAAGAAACAAAGGGGUUCCUUCUCUGACAAAUCUCAUAGCAAAGACCUGAGUUCCAAAGAUUCUGCGGGUAAAGAUUCAAAUGUUCUGAAUCCUGAAAGCCACAAUAAUGAGAAAAGCUCCAUAGUCCAGCAAGAAAUUGGAGCAGCUUAUGUUGUACCAAAGCAGUGCCAGAAGCUAUACUGGGGGCUUGACACAAAGGAAAGGUGGGAAAGAAAAUCAAACAUGUAGAAGUUGCCAUACGAGUAGAAUUUGGUGUUACCGUGUUGUUAUUGCAAAACACUUUCUGGGUGGUCUCUCGAGCAUCAAAGAUGCAGCUGAAAGGAGCUUUAGAUUUUGUUAGUUAUUUUGGUUUUUCUUUAGAUUGUAAGAGAACAUCUUCCCUGUAAAAUUAUUUACAUUUGAGAAAUAUAUUCACCUUUCCUAUCA